AUGAUUUUUUCAAAAAGUAGAGCGGAAUAUCCCACCAUUUAUGAUGAUCUAAAGGCAAUCUUUAAAAAUGCUCAAAAUGAUUCACCGCACCGUUCCAUGACGCUCUCUCAAAUACGUGCUGCCUAUAGUCAGCGAACUGGUGAGGAUUUUCUCAAAGGAGGCACGCGUACCCAAAUGUGCUUUAUCCUGACAAUCCCUUAUGUGGCCUGCUUCACCAGCAAAAUUGGCACUCUACGUUUUUUCACC